AUGGUUUCGCGGAGGAGAAGAGGGCAAUUGCCCUCGCUAUUAUCAACAUGGGCGGCUUUAACGUCGAUGGCAUCUGCCAUCAACUUCACCGAAAUAUCGCUACCCAAUAUCUUAACGGAUGGCUAUGGACGAAUGGGUCUGGUAGGCGACUUUGACAGCAUAUCGCUAUACCAGUUUGCAGAACAAGGCACGCAAACAUAUUUCAGAAAUGGUAGUCAUGCUAUCAUGACACAACUUCCCAAUGGCGACCUUACGACUGUCGCUGUUACAAAUGGACAUAUCAACGACAUGUGUCUAUUCAAAUUGAAAGAUCAAACGGCCGGACUGGUGGUAGGAGGAAAUUUCACUAGGAUCGGAGACCUUCAGACUGAGGGUAUUGCCCUUAUCGACCCAGUAACAGGCGCGCCGGUUCCACUAGCAGGUGGACUCUCAGGGACCGUUAACGCGAUUUUGUGCGACACGAGCACAGAAAGCGUUUUCGUUGGAGGCGAUUUUAAGUACAUGAACUCAACGAAUGCAGUCCAGUGGAUGGGGAUGGGAGGCUGGUCUCAAUUGUCCUUCCAAGGUUUCAACGGACCUGUAGAAUCGAUUUCGCGAUUAGACAACGGAACUAUCGUCUUUGGUGGAAGGUUUACUGCUAUCGGCAAUGAGACAACACUAAGCUCGAACCCGAAUGGUACGGAAAAGAUCACCCAACAGGUUGUUAACCUUGAUUCCGCGUCGACCCUGAUUACCGCUACUCUUGGCUCUGAUAGAGAAGGUUUCAGGGACCCCACGAACGUUAUAUGUUCCAACGGAACCGAGGAAACGCCCGACAGCGUCUUCCUUUUCGAGGAUGGCGCCCAGGGGUCGUGGUCAGCUGAUCUUUCCUAUACCGUUUACCCUACGAAGUUAAGACUCUACAAUACUCACUUCGAGAACCGGGGCUUGAAAACAUUUCGAUUUGUUUCUCGUCCCAACAAUGGUAUUAUGAACCUUACAUCAGUUGACCCUGUUUCGAACGAACGAUUUUACUGCGAUGCAUGGUGUCCACUUUCGCAUGACACCAAUUCUACGGUUCCAUACCAGGACUUCAACUUCGUAAACGUCAUCCCAACGUACGCCUUCAGAAUCGAAGUUAUCGAGUGGUUUGGAGAUGGAGCCGGGUUAAAUGCGAUUGAAUUGUUUCAAGAUGAUAUUUAUGGCUUUGCUGAUAACGCCCUCAACGAGCCAUCCUGCAAAAAUGUGCAAGGAUCUUUGUCUUCAACGGUUGAAGGGUCUUGGACAUCUACUGGCGGACCACCAUCUACCGACUCGAAGUUUUUGACUGGAACCUUCUCGGCAGCAGAGGCAGAACAAGCCAGUAUAACUUUUAGGCCUGACAUCAGGAUUUCCGGACGAUACCAAGUUUUAGUAUACACGCCUGGAUGCCGACAAGACAACUCUUGCUCCCAGAGAGGCGGGGUUACGGUAUCCGGAACAUUCUCAUCUAACGAAACGACAACCCCUGAAAUUUCCUAUUGGCAAACCAACGAUUUCGACAAGUACGACGUCUUCUUCGCCGGAUAUGUUGAAGCCAACAGUGAUGACCACAUAGUCGAGAUUAAGCUACGUCCAACCCAAGGUCAAUUUUCGGAUUUUCAAAACGUAGUGGCAUCGAAGGUCAGAUUUGUGCUUGAGGAACCAGCUGAGAAACCUCAGCUUCAGACUCGGGCUGUCUCUGCGUCAGCCCUUGAUGGUCGAUUGUCUCUCAACGGAGUCUUUUCGUUCAAACCAGGGAUGAGUACCGAAGCUGCGGAGCAAGCCACAGCAAUCAGCAUUGCUGGGACUCAAAUUCCAAUCAACUCGACGAUCAACUCCGUGGUUGUCAAUGAGAAUACUGUUUUUAUCGCUGGGGACAUCAGGACUGAACAAUUUGGCAACUUUCUUUUCAUUGACGAUGAAGGCUUAAAGCCCGUUGCGCUCGGCGGAUUGAAUGGUGUCGUUUCUGAUGCAUAUCUAUCUAAUGACUUGAUCUACCUCGCCGGCAGGUUUAAUGACACUGUCGAUGCAUCUACUGCCGGGCUUUCUCACGUUGCAGCCUACAAAGUUAGUACCAAAGAAUGGCAAGCACUUGGUACGGGCCUUGACGGGGUCCCUACUAAGAUUGUACCAUUUUCAGUCAACACUACCGGGAUAGUCGAAACCUAUUUUGUCUUCUCGGGACCCUUCACCAAGAUACUCGCUUCGGAUACGCAGCCUGAGGUUAGCGUUGGUGGAGUUGCUAUCUGGGUCUCGAGCAAGAGAGAAUGGCUUGAGAGACUUUCGGACGCUCAAUUUAGGCUUGACGGUUUCUUGUCACAAAUCGCUGAAUACACCCCAAAUCCACCUUUCUUUGCUGGAUCCCUCCUUUAUAGCAGAAAUGGUCUCGCUGGCGCUGCAUCUCUCCUCAAGCCUGACAACGGGCCGAUCCAGCUCGUACCACUUGGCAUCGACAUCUCAGUACCCGAAGUCUCCAGCAACUUGAAUCGAAAGCGGGCUAUAGAUUCAUCUCCGGGUACCAAGAUAAGCGGUGUCCAGGCUGGUGCCUUCUACGAGAAGAAGAACACCACAAUUCUUGGGGGCCGAUUUAGGUCCGGCGAUGUCGAAAAUCUGGCCCUUGUUCGUGGGCAGGAAAACAACAAAGUUGAAGGUGUCCCAAGCAACCUCUUAGGUGGCGAUAAUGUGAUUACGUCGCUCCUUUUAACCUCGAAAGCUAGCUCAGAAGGUAAAUUAUAUAUCGGAGGCUCGAUUAAUACGACAAUUAUGGACGCUCGGGUUGGUGGGAUGGCUGUAUUUGAUUUGGAAACCAACGACUUCGUCAAACCUCAACCACCGCCUCUGGAAUCCCCUGGGAACGACUCAGCCGUCUACACAAUUACCCAACAACCAAACGGCAGACAAAUAUAUGUUGGUGGUUCUUUCACAAGGGUCGCUCCUCAGUUCGACUGUGAGGGUAUCUGCAUCUACGACCCGGAAAGCUUCCAGUAUUUCGCGGCAGGAUCUGGAUUUGGUGGCGUCGUCUAUGCUAGUGCCUGGACCGAUACGAAUACCUUGGUCGUUGGAGGUUCGCUUGAGCUAAACGAUACUGUCGUUCAUCUUGCAACAUACAAGCUGAGCACCACAACAUGGACCGUUUUCCCGAAUUCCCAGGAGAUUCCAGGGCCUGUAACAACCAUCUUUACACCAACUGGAGAGGAAAGCAGUAUCUAUAUCGGAGGAAACGCUAAUGGUCGGCCGUUCAUUCUCAGAUGGGAUGGCACGAAAUGGAGCAAUCUUGGUGGCGGUCUUCAGCCUGGUUCCGUUCUUCGGGGCAUUGAAGUCUUCGAACUGGAUGGUGUCCAUGCACCAAACGAUCUCCUCUCGCAGAGCCAAAUCUUGAUGGCGUCUGGUAACAUCAUCCUUGACAGGACGCCCAUUAACUCUUCCGCCGCCCUCUUCGAUGGCAUUAACUGGACCCCCUUCGUCCUCACGACCAAUGAGGACGGAUCCUCAGGUUCCCUUGGCGCCUUUGUCUCGCAGAGCAAGCAUACUUUUAAUGAAAAUGCUGGCAAGCUCGCCGUGGGCCUUGUGGUUCUGAUUUCGCUUGCCCUGGCGCUAGCGUUGAUAUUCCUUAUCGUUGUUAUCGGUGUUAUCGCUUCUUACAUCAGGAGAAGAAGAGAGGGCUACGUUAUUGCGCCAACUAGGGUCUCCCCGAUCCCGAUACCGCAAGAUAUGACAGAGCGAGUACCCCCGGAUCAGCUGUUCCAAGGCGUAGGGUUCGCAUCUGCAAGGGGAACGCCGCAUAUCUAA